CCUGCAGCAGGUCUGAAAGAAGGCUGGGCGCGGCGCGGUGGGCUCUGCCUCGGUUUCUGCCCACAGCCCACCUCUCUCCUCAUCUUUCUAGAAAUUGUUCCUGUAGGGACUCACAGAGUUACGGAGCCGCAGCUGGCUCAGGCCCCUGUCUCCGCCUGAUCCAUUCAUUGGAAGCCGGUUUUUUUCUCCGAGUCCAAGUUCCUUGCGUGCUGCAGCUUGGAGCGGCGGGCAGCGACAUGGAGAAGAGCAGCGAGACCAACGGCUACCUCGACAGCACCCAGGCAGAGCCUGCAGCCGGGCCCCGCACGCCCGAGCCGGCGGCUGGCAAAACGCAACGGUGCGCUGGCUUUUUUCGGCGCCAGGCACUGGUGCUGCUCACUGUGUCGGGGGUGUUGGUGGGCGCCGGAAUGGGCGCGGCUCUGCGCAGGCUGCAGCUCACCCCCACUCAGAUCACUUACCUGGCCUUCCCCGGCGAGAUGCUACUCCGCAUGCUGCGCAUGAUCAUCCUGCCGCUGGUGGUUUGCAGUCUGGUGUCGGGCGCCGCCUCCCUGGAUGCCAGCUCCCUCGGGCGUCUGGGCGGCAUCGCAGUCGCUUACUUCGGCCUCACCACGCUGAGCGCCUCUGCACUCGCGGUCGCCUUGGCGUUCAUCAUCAAGCCAGGGGCGGGCGCGCAGACCCUCCAGUCCAGCAGCCUGGGACUGGAUGACUCGGGGUCUCCUCCGGUCUCCAAAGAGACGGUGGACUCUUUCCUCGACUUACUCAGAAACCUGUUUCCUUCCAAUCUUGUGGUUGCAGCAUUCUCUACGUCUGCAACCAGUUACAAAAUGAUGACCCAUAACACCAGCUCGGGCAACAUGACCUACGAGAAGGUCCCCAUUGUCACCGACAUUGAAGGGAUGAACAUUUUAGGACUGGUCCUUUUUGCCCUGGUGUUGGGAGUGGCUCUCAAGAAGCUAGGCCCCGAGGGAGAAGAGCUCAUUCGCUUCUUCAAUUCCUUCAACGAGGCAACAAUGGUGCUGGUGUCCUGGAUUAUGUGGUACGUACCGAUAGGCAUCACGUUCCUGAUUGGAAGCAAGAUUGUGGAAAUGAAGGACAUCAUCAUGCUCGUGACCAGCCUUGGGAAAUACAUCUUCGCAUCUAUCCUGGGCCAUGUUAUUCAUGGAGGAAUUGUUCUGCCUCUUGUCUAUUUUGCUUUCACACGGAAAAACCCUUACAGAUUCCUGCUGGGCCUCCUCACACCAUUUGCUACAGCUUUCGCCACCUGUUCCAGCUCGGCUACCCUGCCGUCUAUGAUAAAGUGCAUUGAAGAAAACAAUGGUGUAGACAAGAGGAUCAGCAGGUUCAUCCUCCCCAUUGGGGCCACUGUGAACAUGGACGGGGCAGCCAUCUUCCAGUGUGUGGCCGCCGUGUUCAUCGCCCAGCUCAACAACGUGGACCUGAACGCGGGACAGAUCUUCACCAUUCUAGUGACUGCCACGGCCUCCAGUGUUGGAGCAGCGGGUGUGCCGGCUGGAGGGGUCCUCACCAUUGCCAUUAUCCUGGAGGCCAUUGGACUGUCCACAGAAUACCUCUCUCUGAUCCUCGCUGUGGACUGGAUUGUGGACCGCACUACCACUGUGGUGAACGUGGAGGGGGAUGCCCUGGGAGCCGGAAUCCUCAACCACCUGAAUCAGAAGGCAACGAAGAAAGGUGAACAGGAGCUGCAAGAAGUGAAGGUGGAAGCCAUUCCCAACUCCAAGUCGGAGGAGGAGACCUCGCCUCUGGUGACACACCAGAACCCGGCAGGCCCCGUGGCCACUGCUCCAGAACUUGAAUCCAAGGAGUCGGUGCUGUGAUGGGGCUGGGUCUUGGGCCAGCCAGCUAGCUGCCAGCAGCCCGCCCAGAUAGCCUGCCCAUCAUUUAGACAGGGGCUUAGCCCUCAGACUUUUCGUCUCCCGAGCAAGGCGUUGGCCCAAUCACCAGUCUGAGGGUGAUCCCUCAGCACAGGCCUUGGGCUCCCAGGCCAGGACUGAUCACUGAGGACCAGAACACUCUGACGUUUGACUUGAUCCAUGUCUCAGUGGAGCUGUAGAUAUACCUUAACUUUAUUGGGAAACCCCCUCGAGCUGCCAGGCCUGGAGGGAAUUCCAGGUUCUUGGAGGCCUAGGGGUGAAGGUCAGGGCAAGGCAGAUGGAUUCUUCAUUGGCUCGCUGUGCAUCUGGUGCUUCCUGGGCGAACCAGAGGGGUUUAUAAUUGCCUAUCACGCCGUAUCAUCAGCAGUAGGCACUGAAGAAGUUCCCGGAUUCUUAGACUGGCUUGAAUCUCAUGAGCCGGCCUUCAGGUUAAAGAAUUGUACUCCGCCCGUGAGGGUGGCUUCUGAGGGACCAGAGGUGCUGCCCAGUGGUGGAUUUUACUCCAGGUGGUGGUAAGCACAGCCGGGGUCUCAGCUUGAGUAAGCCGUUUCAAGUCUGAGGUCAGGGAAGACUAGAGAGCACCCCAAUUAGGACAAAACAGAAUUGUUCCCAUCCGAGACCAGAGGCACUUAACUCCCUCCUUCUGAGACGGGGGUCUCUGCCAGCACCUCCUAUUUCCAUUCUGAUUUGGCAACAGACCCUAAGACCUUUUUUUUCUGGGAGGGGGGGUGUGGUCACUGCAUUGCUGACCCAUAUUGGUCGGUCACUUUACUGCUACAGUUUGACAAAGUCCUCACUAAAACCCCCACCAGCAGAAUCAUGUGCCCCCCAAUAAACUCACACACUAGUCAAGGGGGGGAGCUCUGUGCCCAGGCCCCUAGCUUUGGUUUCCACAGUCCUGGGUCUGACGUUACCUGCCUCUUACCUACUUCACUCUGAUCUGGUAAGGCAGACAGGAAAUCUGUGGAAAUUACCACUUUGCUUCUUGGAAGUCAAGUGCUGCAUCAUCUGUAAGCGCCCUGUUUCACCUGGGAGACAGCUUUCUCCAUGGAGGCUGCCUCCUGGUCUGAGAGGCUCUCCUGAACAGAACUUUGUUCUCGUCAACUUGUGUUCCAAAGAGUCGUGAUAACCAUCCACACGGCCUCUUCCUUGGCGGGCCACCACCUCCCACCACAGUUCUGCCAACCCCACCCAGAGUAGGAGAUUAAGCCCCGACUGGAGUCAUUGGCCCUGCUCAUCCUCUCUCUUCCCCGGUGUGUGUCUCGCUGGGCCCAACAGACUUGGGACUAUGCUGAGCGAAGGGAUGGGGAAGAUCCACGAGGAACAGAGCCCCAAGUGUGAAGGCCCAGCUUCUUAAAACAACAGAGUCGCUUCCUCUGCUGUGGAGCCAGGAGCGACUGUGUACUAAGGAGAGAGUGGCCAGACCUCGUUGCCAACACUGUUUUUAAUGGGGAAUCAAUCCCAAUGUUUGAUUAUGAAUGAGCAUUUGGUAUUUUUUAAGUUUCAGUGAAUCCUUUUCUUGAGUAUUUACAUAUAUUUUAUGUAUAGUGUUUGUGUGUGUGCGUUGCGUGGUUUUUAACUCCAAGCAGGUUUGAGUUCAGAUAAGGGGGAACUAAUACAAAUUAUGUCUUUGUCAUCCUGAUAGUCCAGUUUCUAAAGACUCUUGUUAAGUAGGGAUUGGAGCUGGACAGUGAACUGGCUAGACACUUGGGUCCCAACCUGGACUCUUUAUUAAGAGUGCUGCCGUGGUCUGGAGGAAGGUGACAGACAUGGGAUCUUCCUCUUGGAGGCCAGAAGCUGAGUUUUGGCUCCCGGAAGAGUGGAUGGGGUUGAGUCAUGAGAAAGAUUCCACUGUAACCGUUUGAAAUGUCUCCUUGCUAUUUUUCUAACAUGUUCAUCUCUUGAUGUUUUGUAUAUGUGUGACACUUGCCUUAAAACAUAGCACAGCCAUCAGAAAUGAGUACCGUA